AAAUAUUUGAACAACACGUCAAAGCAAAAUGUAUGUUCCGGGCUUAACUUCAUAAGCCUCACGUCACGCCGCUUCUAACCUAACUCUUAUUUUCGUUGGCUGCCCUCUAACCUAACAAACUUUUUAAUGUUUGUGUAUAUAUAUAUUUAAAAAACCCAAAUUUUUAAUCUGUACAAGAAUGGCUUCAGGAUUAGAUAGUUUUGUGAACCACACCGUCUCAAUAAUUACUUCUGAUGGCAGAAACUUUAUUGGUACUUUAAAAGGCUUUGACCAGACAAUUAACAUAAUUCUUGAUGAAUCUCAUGAGAGAGUGUACUCCACAACAACAGGAAUUGAACAAGUUAUGUUAGGGCUUCAUAUUAUUAGAGGCGAUAAUGUGGCCAUAAUAGGACAAAUCGAUGAGGAUAUUGACAAUAGACUAAAUUUAACCAACAUUAAGGCUGAGCCCUUAAAUCCUGUUGUACAUUAGUAAAUAAAUAAUACACACACCUAUUUGAAACA